UGUUUACAUUCCAGCUGCAAGAGCAACAAUGUGGGAUUUAGUGCUUUUGCAAACACUAGCAAAAGCACUAAAUCUUUUGCUAGAUUUAGCAAAAGAUUUAGUAGGCAUUGUUCAGGUUUCUCUCCUCCACCACUUGAUUUUACUCUGAUUUGAAGAGGAGAGGGAGACAGAGAGAACAGGAGGUGGGGGUGGAGGAGUGGUGAUUGAGCGCAAAAGGGGGCAGGACUUUUCCUCUCCGAGUCCUAUUAAGAGCAAACUUUGUGUUUUUGUUCUCCCAAGUUCAGCUUAGUCCUCUUCCAAGCUGCGCAGAGUUCCUCUUCGCCGCUCUGUUUUCCUCUCCUUUUCCCACUUUUUCUUCAAUGGUUUUGUUUUCUUGCCUGUUGGUCACUGCUGUGCGCCUUGUGCACGGGGGAUCCGGACACGGAGAGAGGAGGAUGCGCUUUACGCAUGGACAACAGCAGCCACCUAAAGUUGUCCCUUUCAGCCACGGCGGGGAUGUUUUAGUGGAGAUCUAAAUGUUUUUCGGGUUGGAGUGAACAAUGCCGCGGCUCCUUGGCGCUCUGACCGGGGGCAUGCUCUGGUUUCGGCUGCUGCUGCAGCUGCUGUGCGUCGUGGAGUUUGGAGCCGGGGUGUCUACCUUCCAGGGGUUCUAUCUUCCACCUGCGACCGGCUCGCUGCACACACCUGCCCGGAGGACGGACGGGGUGGUGCGGACCAUCGAUCGGAUUUACAACGGUGGAGGGAAGGUGGGUUACCUGGUGUACCUGGAUGGGAGGCGCUUUCAGCUGGACAUGGAGCGGGAUGAGUCGGUGCUGUCGCAUCACUUCAGCCCUCAGUAUGCGCUCGCGAUGAUGGGACAGAGUCCCGCGCCUCUGCAGCGGGAGUGCGCGUACCGCGGGACGGUGAACUCCAACCCGGAGUCUCUCGCCGUCCUCAGCCUCUGCGGCGGAGGUCUGGAGGGUUUCUUCGCCGUCAACCACUCGCGCUACACCAUCACUCCCAUCAUCCGGGCGAAGGGACACGAGCACGACACGCGCGCACUGCACGACCGGGAUGCGGAGAGCGCGCUCCACGUGUUCACGCGCGAGAGCUUCAGCUUUGAGGCUCUGAGCGAGGGGCGCGAGAGCUGCGGCACGCGCGACGGGAAGAGAGGGCGCAGGGAUGCGGCUGAAAGACGGCGGCACCGAGGUCGCGGGAAGGGGAGACGGGACGGUGAAGAGGGGCACGGCGCGCGAGGGAGGAGAUGGUGGAGCCGCCUCGUUAAAGAGCCAGGCGCGCGGCGCAAGAGGUCGGUGUCCCGCGCCAGGCACGUGGAGCUGCUCCUGGUGGCGGACGACUCCAUGACCAAGAAGUACGGCAGGGACUUGAACCACUACUUGCUCACACUGGCAUCCAUCGCGUCCAAGUUGUACGGACACGCCAGCAUCGAGAACCCCAUCCGGCUGUCCGUGGUGAAGGUCAUCACGGUCUUGGAGAACGAGAAGGGGCUGGAGGUGACCAAGAACGCGGCGGCGACGCUCAAGAGCUUCUGCAAGUGGCAGAACCAGCAGAACCCGCUAGACGACGACCACCAGCAUCACCACGACGCAGCCAUCCUCUUCACCAGGCAGGACCUGUGCGGCCACCACUCUUGUGACACCCUGGGCAUGGCGGACGUCGGCACAAUCUGCUCUCCGGAGAGAAGCUGCGCCGUCAUCGAGGACGACGGCCUUCACGCCGCAUUCACCGUCGCUCACGAGAUAGGUCACCUGCUGGGAUUGUCCCACGAUGAUUCGAAGUUCUGCGAGGAGCGCUUUGGGGUCAACAGUCACAAGCAGCUCAUGUCGUCCAUUCUCACCUCCAUCGACGCCUCUAAGCCCUGGAGCCGCUGCACCUCGUCCACCAUCACCGACUUCUUCGACGACGGGAAUGCCGAGUGUCUCCUGGACUCCCCUCGUCAGCCCCUCCUCGGCCCGGAGGAGCUCCCAGGCCAGAGCUACGACGCCGUCCGACAGUGCCGCCUGGCCUUCGGCCUCGAGUACACGGUCUGCCCGGGCAUGGACGUGUGCUCCCGCCUGUGGUGCGCCGUGAUCCGCCAGGGACAGAUGGUGUGUCUGACCAAGAAGCUUCCGGCGGUGGAGGGCACGCCGUGUGGGAAGGGGCGCAUCUGCCUGCAGGGAAAGUGUGUGGACAAAACUCGAAAGAAGCACUAUUCGACGUCCAACCACGGCAGCUGGAGUUCUUGGGGCCCGUGGGGUGCAUGCUCUAGGACCUGCGGGGGCGGAGUGCAGUUUGCCCAGCGCCUGUGCAACAACCCGGCGCCACGAAACAACGGGCGCUACUGCAUCGGAAAGAGAGCCAUCUAUCGGACCUGUAACGUCUUCCCACCAUGCCCGCCCUCAAGUAAGAGUUUCCGUCAAGAACAGUGUGAAGUCCGCAACGGCCCCCAGACGGACCCCAAAGGGGUGAAGACCUUUGUCGAGUGGGUGCCAAAGUAUGCAGGGAUUCUCCCUAAGGAUGUGUGCAAGCUGACAUGCAGAGCAAAAGGGACAGGCUACUAUGUGGUAUUCUCUCAACGGGUAGCAGAUGGCACCGAGUGUCGUCCUCACAGCAGUUCGGUGUGCGUGAAAGGGAAAUGCAUUCGCACGGGCUGCGACGGCAUCAUCGGCUCCAAGCUCCAGUUCGACAAAUGUGGUAUAUGUGGAGGUGACAGCCUGGGAUGCAUACGGGUCGUUGGGAACUUCACCAAGAAGAGCAAAGGCUACACUGAUAUCGUGAAGAUCCCCGCAGGGUCCACGCACAUCAAGGUCCGUCAGCACAUGGCCAAGGACCAAACCCGUUUCACUGCCUACCUUGCCCUCCGCCGACCCGGCAGCGAGUACCUCCUAAAUGGCAAGUUCAUGAUCUCCACCUCAGAGACCAUCAUCCCGCUCAACGGUUCUUUACUCAACUACAGCGGGUGGACUCAUCACGACGAGUGGCUCCACAGCAUGGGCCCCGGGGCUCUCAAAGAAGCUAUGGUGGUCCAGAUUCUAGCCACAGAUUCGAAAAAGCCCCUCGAUGUCCGUUAUAGUUACUACAUGCCGAGGUGGACAGCCCCGCAGCAGCAUCUGAACUCCAAGUUGACCCUUUUGCAGAGCACCACCACAACGUCUACCACAACGCGGUCCGCCACGGUUAGCACCACUACCGUCUCCUCUACGCCUGCUGCUUUACUGCUAAGGCCAACUACAGCUUCUGUUUCUUCAACCCCUCUUCCAGGUCCCAAGUGGGUAACGGGACCUUGGAUGACUUGCUCCAGGACUUGUGAUACCGGCUGGCAGAGCCGGACGGUGCAGUGCAAGGACCAGGAUGGCAAGCUGUCCAAGGGCUGCGUUCUGAGUGCCCGGCCCUCCGCCUUCAAACACUGUUUGGUGAAGAAAUGCUGAAGCAGCCGGAAAGGACGGAUAUAGAGAGACGUUUUAGUCUAUAGAUCUAAAAAGAUCUGAAAUGUUGGAUGUAGGGACAUUGAUUGAGCGAAUUUAAGAUCUGGAGUCUUAAAGGGGAUUGUGAAUGUUGAUGGAGAAAAGGCCAGGAUCAGACACUAGAGGACUGGAAAAAUGUACAAAUGGACUAUAUUUGACGUAGGAAUGACCUGGAAUCCUUCUAGCUAUGCAGAACAUGAGCUAAACAUGAGGUUUCAACCCGGCGUAGCCCUGGCGUAGCUAAGGACUCGAGUUGCAUGUAGUUUCCACAUGGACAAUAAUUGGUUGUCUUUACUUUACCCUCCAAACCCUGGAGGUUUAGUGAGUCUUGUCCUCUUAUGGCAUGAGUGUCUUUUUAUGCUUCCAAGUGCUGUUGUCAGUCAGCUCGCACUGCUUUGUCUCUUGUCCUGAGUUUGUCCGAGACAAUAGCCCCAUCAGUGGGAAGCACUCGACAUUCCUUUCCUCUCAGCUCGGAUUCCGAAUUACUGAACAUUUCUUAAUUUAUAAUCUACUGGAAGAAUGAUUGAAAACCCUCUCACUGGAUUAUCAUCCAUAUUUGUGGCUAGCUGUGGCUAAGCAACAACUACGCCACUAAUUAUAAAUUACUUGCUAUUAAUGGGGGUUUCCUAUCUUCUGAUUGAUCGCCUAAAUACGUUUCUGGCAGUCAUACUUUAAAACUCCAACAUCUGCAAAUGCGUCUUAGCUGGGUAUAGCUGGCCAAUCAGAGGCAGAUCACCACCAUCCUGGUGUUUGCUUACACACAUUAAGGUGGCAGUUCAAAAGUGGUUAGAGUACCCCACUUCACACGUACUCACCAACUUAGCUCUAACUACCUCCAUUAACAGCAGUGAGCCAAUUUCAGCUUCACUCAUUUACUUUUCUUGUUACAUUCAGUCUGGUUGGAAAGUGUUUUUGGACGCCAUCAGGUACAUCUCCUAAAUGUUUCCCCCUCCUCUUUGAAAGUGGGUUGAAGGUCCAGAAGUAAAGACAGACGUAUCGGUCCUACCAACUUUGAUAAUCAUCACUGAAAAACGACACGGUGCACGUCCUGAGCUAGCACGUUCGCUAAUGUCGUACCUUAACUGUUUUAAACGGCCUUCGAUCAUUUUCUGAGCUUUCUUUCAUGGAAACUGGAUUUUGUUGUUAUAUUUUUGUGUGUUUAUCAGGUUAACGGAAAACUCUGAUAUGACAAUGUGUGCCCGGGAAACUUGCAAAGACAAGGAAGAGAGAUGAUAAUGUAGCCUUUUAGCAGGGUCUAUAUUUUUUUUACAACUAUACUAGCUUCAUCAGCGCAGAUACUCUCUGCUAUUUCAUACUUUUAAUUUUGUCAUCUUUACAUGCCAACUUGUUUUUGAUAAAAAAGGAGUUACUCCCUCAGGAUAGUUUGUGGCCACAACUUAGGGAUGUUUUGUUCCCCGCUUUGACAACCGGUCAUUUUCCAAAGACUAUAGGAUGCUGUAUCUAACUUAAGAGUAUUUCUAUUUUUAUUUAAUCUGUUAUAAACACAAUAAAUGAAAAAUUCAUUGAAUCUCCAGAAAACAACAUACAAUAACAAUAAAUUAUAUAUUGGAGAUUUUUAGUGAUUAUCUUUAUAUGAAAACAACUAAAAGAAUUAAAGCAAAGUGGGACGGUUAAGGAAAAGGUUUAUUUUACAUUUAAGAGAAAAUAUUUCAGAAAACACACUUAUUAACAAAUCAUUUUUACAAAGUUAAAGAAUAUAUUAUGUAAUGAAAAAAACAUAAAAUUGAUUGUAAACUCAACUUUUUGUCUGACAUUAUACAACUGUGGAAUUUGAAAACUUUUUUAUUUUCCUUCAUGCUUUUUUUUUUUUUGCUUUGUUUUCCAAAACUGUCAUAUUGUCUUCUGUUUACUUUCUCCCAUUUCACUUUUUAAUGCUACACUAAGCUAACAGGGCGUGACCUCGGGACACAACAGUAUUUGACUAUAGUAUCACUCGUCUCAGCUACUUCUGAAAAAAAUAAUAAUAAUAAUAAAAUUUAAAAAGUGUAUUUUUGAACUGUUGCUUUAAGAAAAGAAAAUAUAUUGAUAGUAGGACAAUAUGCUCUAUAUCAAAGAAGAGGAAUAUCCUCUUCUGUAGUUUAGGUGAACCAACUCCUGACAAUCCUCAACAUAUCUGUGUGACAUUAUUACCUUUAUUCUGGUAAUUCAGGACAAGAUGCAUCCGCUUGUUUUCAAGACAAUAUAUAGUACCAGGAAAACGUAUUUGUCUCCAUGCAGAUGUCUUCGGGUUCUGUUCUAUUGUCUCACAAAUCUGAAUGUCAACCAAAACGUCAUUUUUGUAUAAAGUUCCGGUAUAAUGUGCUGUUUUUCCUUUAGAUUUUUUUAAUCUACUUCAUGUUGUCUCAGUUCUACAGAUUCUGCACUCCUCAGGUCUGGGUUAUGGUUGGUUAGACUGAAGUGAUCUACUGAAUCAUUGUGUUAACAGCACCUGUCGGGCAACAAGACGAAGACAUAAAGAUCUUCAAAGACUCUGCAUACAAAACCCCUUUUGAGUUUACUUGGAUUAUCUUUGUCUAACAUUAAGAUUUGUUUCUUUCAGCAAAUAUAGAAGAAACCUGCAAGGUGACGAAAACGUUUUCAAAGCACUGUACUAUUAUGAAACCUUUCAUUUGUGUAAUAAAAAAAAAAAAGAACAAUAUUCCUGACAACAUUACCUCAGCUCUCAUGUUGAACAAGGCAGAUUAAAGUAACCUGAAUAUAUUCUGGACUUAUACACCUUCCUGUCAUUGUGCUACAUCCAUUGAGCAACCAUGCAACCAACAGGAGUGAAAUAUUUCAAACAAGACCCAGGGUCAGCUUGCAACCGAAAGGCCUCACACUUUGCAGAUUGACAAAGUACAUAUUUGUACAAUAAAUAGAUUGUUUGCAUACAUUUAAGUAUUAAAGCAUAUAGAUAUAUUUAGCAGAAAUGUACACACACAUGCAGUAAAAAAAAAGAAUUCUGACAGUUACAUAUUUGUUAGUAUUUUUGACUGACAACACAACACUACUCCUCCAGUCGGGGGAGGGAGGACGCCUGUUGCAGACCGCCAGAAACACAGCACUGAACUUGUAAUUUAUUGUUUGUACAACUGCUCUGUGUGAAUAAAGAAACAAUGAGAUGAGUUUUAUUUAUUAUAGUAAUUUUGUAUCAAAUUACUAUUUAACUUUAGGAAUAUGACUGUGCUCAAACAAUCCUAUGUAAGAAUAUAGUGUUUUCUUUUCUAGCCAUCCACAUGAAUAUAUGUAUAUAAAAUCUAUAUAUUUAAACA